CACAGCAGCUAAGGAGUGGAAAGACAAGCGAGGUGCUGGCUGGCCCGUGGCAGAGACAGAAUGCCCUCUUGCAUCCAGAGGGACUUGGGUGACAAUGCCAGAGGGCUGGCGCUGGAGUGAAGUGGGCCGCCCCCCUGGGACCCCUCGGGCUUGCCCCAGGCGGGCGGUGAGUGUGUGUGAGUCUCUGGACCUGCCAGAGGUCCCUGCGGUACAGGCUGCCCUCCAGGCAGCAGAGAGGCAGAAACUCCGCCCCAAGAGCCUCUGUCUGGUGGGCAACGGCCUGGGUCCCAGCCCCCUUGGCUCUCCGCAGCAGCCCUCCAGGGCCCGGGCCAGCCUGCUGGACUUCCUACGCCUGCGCUUCCCUCGCCGGCAUGAGGAGGGGGCUCUGGGGCCUGUGGGGCCUCCCCGGCCGGCCAGCAUGGGCGCCUUGUCCUCGGUGGUGACAGCACCUCAGGCCACUGAGAGCGUGGGGUUCCUGCGAGGGGGCUCGCUGUGGGGCAGCCGGCGGUGGAAUAUCUUUGGCAGUCGUGGCGAAGGAGCAUGCAAGAACUUCAGCUCUCUGCGCAAGAGUUUCAGCUUCCGUCUGCGCCGGGGUCAAGAGCUGCACCGCUCGGGAUCUGGGCUCCUGCGCCCAGCGAGGUUUCGCACCCGCAGCGAGGGGGACGCCAGCUCCUUGCACACGUCCUCCAGCAAGCGCGACCUGCUUUAUCCAGACCCACCACAGGGCAGAGACUGGCAGAACCAUGAGGGUGGUUUCUGGAAACUGCUCACCGGCCGUCUCCGGCGCCGGGAGCGCGGCUCUGGCAAGUCAUUUAGCCCCAUGGGGUCCCAUGGCGGUGCCAGCACCCCCUUGUGGAGCCGCCAAGGGCCAGAACCCGUUCUUGUGGCCAUCAGUGGUGGCGGCAGCAGGAGAGUGCCAGAUUCCUUUGUGAACAGCCAGGAGUGGACCUUGAGCCGCUCGGUGCCGGAGCUCAAAGUGGGGAUUGUGGGAAAUCUGUCCAGUGGGAAGUCUGCUUUGGUGCAUCGCUACCUGACGGGCACCUACGUGCAGGAAGAAUCCCCGGAAGGUGGCCGAUUCAAGAAGGAGAUUGUGGUGGACGGGCAAAGCUACCUGCUGCUGAUUCGUGACGAAGGGGGCCCCCCUGAGCUGCAGUUCGCAACCUGGGUCGAUGCCGUGGUGUUUGUCUUCAGCUUGGAGGAUGAGAUCAGCUUCCAGACCGUAUACAACUACUACCUGCGCCUCUGCAGCUAUCGCAACACUUCGGAGGUGCCCAUGGUGCUGGUGGGCACGCAAGACGCCAUCAGUGCCACGAACCCCCGCGUCAUCGAUGACUCGCGAGCCCGGAAGCUCUCCAACGACCUGAAGCGCUGCACCUACUACGAGACUUGUGCCACCUACGGGCUGAACGUGGAGCGGGUCUUCCAGGAUGUGGCCCAGAAGGUGGUAGCCCUGCGGAAGAAACAGCAGCUCUCCAUCGGGCCCUGCAAGUCGCUGCCCAACUCGCCCAGCCACUCGUCCGUCUCCGCUGCCUCCAUCCCCUCCGUGCACAUCAAUCAGGCUGCCAACGGGAGCGGCGCCUUCAGCGACUACUCGUCGUCAGUGCCCUCCACCCCCAGCAUCAGCCAGCGGGAGCUGCGGAUUGAGACCAUCGCGGCUUCCAAUACGCCCACCCCCAUCCGCAAGCAGUCGAAGCGCCGCUCCAACAUCUUUACAUCUCGGAAAGGUGCAGACCUGGAGCGGGAGAAGAAAGCCCUGGACUGUAAGGCGGACAGUAUCGGCAGCGGGCGGGCCAUCCCCAUAAAGCAGGGCGUUCUCCUGAAACGCAGCGGCAAGUCUUUGAACAAGGAGUGGAAAAAGAAAUACGUCACUUUGUGUGACAACGGAGUCCUGACCUACCAUCCCAGCCUGCACGACUACAUGCAGAACAUUCACGGGAAGGAGAUUGACCUCCUGAGGACCACGGUGAAGGUGCCAGGCAAGAGGCUCCCACGGGCUACCACCACCGCUGCCCCCAGCGCCAGCCCCAAAGCCAACGGCUUGUCCAAGGAGCGGAGCAACGUGCAGUUCCCGGGUGGCUCCAGCGCGCCCCACUCGGCCAGCAGCACCUCCCUGCACUCGGAGCGCUCCAGCGCCACCCUGCUGGGCUUCGGCGCCAAGGCGGAGGGCCUGCACCAGCGCUCCUACUCCGUCUCCAGCGCCGACCAGUGGAACGACGCCGCCGCGCCCAGCAGCGCCCCCAGCCCCGCCAAUGGCACCACAGACUCCCUCACCUCCAGCCCCAACAUGCCCAGCGCUGCGAGCCCCAAGCUCGAGCCCCCGCCGUCUCCUCACGCCAACCGGAAGAAGCAUCGCCGGAAAAAGAGCACUGGUAGCAGCCGGCCGGAGGGGGCCGGUGCUGCGACUGAAGAGCCAGAGGAGUCGUCCUUCGAGUUCGUCGUGGUGUCUCUGACUGGCCAGACGUGGCUCUUCGAAGCCUCCACGCAGGAGGAACGGGAGCUCUGGGUGCAAGCCAUUGAGGGCCAGAUCCUGGCCAGCCUGCAGGGCUGCGAGAGCACCAAGAACAAGACUCGGCUGGGCAGCCACAGCGAUCCGCUGGCCCUCCAGUCCAUCCGCACGGUGCGUGGGAACAGCUUUUGCGUUGACUGCGAUGCGCCCAACCCUGACUGGGCCAGCCUGAAUCUGGGCGCGCUCAUGUGCAUUGAGUGCUCAGGUAUCCACCGCAACCUGGGCACACACCUGUCCCGUGUCCGGUCCCUCGAUCUGGACGACUGGCCCCUCGAGCUGGUCACAGUGAUGACAGCCAUUGGCAACACACUUGCCAAUUCCAUUUGGGAAGGUGCCAUGGAGAACUACCCCAAGCCGGGCCCUGAGAGCUGCAGGGAGGAAAAGGAGCGCUGGAUCCGGGCCAAGUAUGAGCAGAAGCUUUUCCUGGCCCCCUUACCACACUCGGAUGUGCCAUUGGGCCAGCAGCUGCUUCGGGCUGUGGUGGAAGACGAUUUGCGCGCCGUGGUCAUGCUGCUGGUACACGGCACCAAGGAGGAGGUGAACGAGACCUACGGAGAUGGAGACGGAAGGACCGCUCUGCACCUCUCCAGCGCCAUGGCCAACGUGGUCUUCACCCAGCUCCUCAUCUGGUACGGAGUAGAUGUGAAAAGCCGGGAUGCCCGAGGACUGACCCCGCUAGCCUAUGCCCGCCGUGCCGGCAGCCAGGAAUGCGUGGACCUCCUGCUCCAGCACGGAUGCCCCAGCGACUCUGCCUUGGCCUCCCUGACCCCUAGCCUGCCCCGUCGAAACAUCAACAACAACGCCUCAGGCACACUGCCCGUGGAGCCUUGCUCUGCCGCCCACUGAAUGCGUGCCAGGCCACAGUGCCCCUGCCCACGUGUCCUCUGCCACUCCCUUGACCCACAGCCCUCUCUGGCAACCGACUGGCACGGGGCCAGUCUUGCGCUUAUCCCCUGCGCCAGGGACGACACCUCCUCUACCAUCCCUUGAGAAGUGGGAUGGAAAGGGCGGGAGCUCGGUUAUUUUUGGUCACUGCAGUGGGUCAGACAGCAGCCCUCUUCUCCCCCUCCAGGACGAAGGGAAGAUCGGGCCCAGUGAGGGCCCCAUGUGAAGGGAAACACACACAUACCCCACGCCCUACUCUGGCUGCUGUCCGUUGUCCAGCACUGUGGCCACUGCAGUGAGGGGGGGCUUGUUUGCAGAGCCAUCUGCCAGCCCCCCUUCUGCCUGUCUCAGCCCCUUGUGUAUAAAAUGUACAUUGAAAAUAUUUAUAUGACA